UAUAUACUUAAGUUACAAUUUACAAUUGUGAAAUAACUAAGCCCGAUUAAUGAAAUUGUAUUAUACCAUCGCUAUUGACCUACUUUCAAAGAUCGCCAAAGCAGCAGAGCCUCAGUAGAGAGUAGAGUGACUCGGCAAAUAUUGUCAUUUCUUUAAUAACUCAGGGCGUCUACUGCGUGACCGUGCAUGCGUCUCCAUUUUCUUAGAAGGCUCUCCAGGAUGCCUCCCGUUGUGAAGAAGUUCGACUAUCUUGUGAUCGGCGGCGGAUCUGGUGGUGUAGCUAGCGCGCGCAGGGCGGCAGAGUUUAAGGACGGGAGUUUGAAGAUUGGGAUAAUCGAACACGGCAGAUGGGGCGGCACUUGUGUAAAUGUGGGCUGCGUUCCCAAGAAAGUGAUGUUCAUGGCAGCUAGCCAUGCUGAACACCUCCCUGACUACAAGGACUAUGGUUUUGACGUUGAGAGGAAGGCAUUUGACUGGAGUAUAAUCAAGAAGUCCAGAGACAACUAUAUCAAAAGGUUGAAUAAGAUCUAUGAAGAAAAUAUGUUGAGCAAAGUUGAAAGAAUCUUUGGCCAUGCAACAGUCACUGAUGAUAAAUGUAUUGAAGUAAACGGUCAGAAAUAUUCCGCUGACCACAUUCUCAUUGCUACAGGAGGAAGUCCUAUAGUUCCAGACAUACCAGGUGCUGAGCAUGGAAUAACAAGUGAUGGGUUCUUUGAACUUGAGGAUCUGCCAAAGAAGACAGUAGUCGUUGGAGCUGGUUACAUUGCUGUGGAACUUGCUGGAAUUCUGAAUGCUUUGGGUUCUGAUACAUCUAUAAUGAUCAGAUAUGAUAAGGUUCUCCGCACCUUUGACUCCAUGGUUAGUGCCGCAGUCACAGAAAACUUGGAAGAAGCUGGAGUGAAAGUCCUCAGGAAAACACAGACAAAACUUGUGACCAAAGAAGCGGAUGGCACCCUUACACUAGAGACCUCUGGUGGACAAAUUACUGGCGUAACAUGUCUCAUUUGGGCAAUAGGAAGGAUACCAAGCACAAAGUUUGGUGUGGAAAAACUGGGCGUUCAAAUGGACAGCAAGGGGCACAUCAUUGUGGACGAGUUUCAAAACACAUCUGCCAAGGGGAUAUAUGCUUUGGGCGAUGUCUGUGGAAAGUUCCUGCUUACUCCAGUUGCUAUAGCAGCUGGCAGGCGUCUUGUCCAUCGACUUUUCAAUAAUGAGAAGGAUCUGAAAUUGGCGUAUGAGAACAUCGCAACAGUUGUAUUCAGCCACCCACCCGUGGGAACCGUAGGAAUGACAGAAGAGGAGGCUGUGAAGGAGUUUGGAGAAGAUAAGAUCAAGAUCUAUAAAACUGUCUUUACACCCAUGUAUUAUGCCGUCACUCAGAGGAAGUCCAAAUGUGCCAUGAAGAUGGUGUGCCUUCUCCCCCAGGAAAAGGUGAUCGGACUCCAUCUCGUUGGAGACGGCGUUGAUGAGAUGAUGCAGGGGUUUGCAGUUGCAGUCAAAAUGGGGGCUACCAAGAAGAACUUUGAUGAUACAGUUGCCAUCCACCCUACUUCAUCUGAAGAGCUUGUGACUUUAAGAUAGAAUAUAUAGGGGAA